AUGGGUUGCGAUGGUGGAACAAUUCCGAAACGUGACGAACUUGUUCGACAAAAGAAAAAAGCCGAAGUCAAAGACAAGAAUGCUGCUAACAUGGCGAAAUGGCGUUAUUGUACAUUGAAAUACGAUGCACUCAAAAGACCUAUUGUUGUUGAUUCGCAUGGACUUUUAUACAAUAAAGAUGCUAUAUUAGAAUUUUUACUUGAUCGUAUGCAAUUUGAAAAUGGACCAUCUUAUGUUAAAAAGAUGAAAGAUGUUAAAGAAUUACAAUUAACAGAAAGCCCUGAAUUUAAAUCAAAUCAUAAUGAUUUAGGCAAUGAAUAUUUGGAUGUUUAUUCAUCGCCAUUUAUUUGCCCAUUAACUGGUUUAGAAAUGAAUGGUAAAUAUAAAUUUUGUGCUAUAUGGACAUGUGGUUGUGUUUUAUCGGAGCGAGCACUUCGAUCAAUUAAUAAUAAUUCAAGUGAAAAACUGUGUUGUCCAAAAUGUGGUAAAGAAUAUGCAUCGAAUGAUGAUGUUAUUAUUCUCAAUCCAGAAAAUGAAGAUAUAGCGCUGAUGGAACAAAGACGACAAAGAUUAAAUGCUAGCCAGAAAAAGAAUGGAUCAACAAAACGAAAAACAUCCGAAAUAGAAGAAGAAGAAUCGAGUGGAAAAAAGACCAAAAUCGGCAAGUGA